AAACUGGAAAUCAGCAUGAUGCAGGGAUUUGCCCGUCUCUUGAUCAACUUGUUAAAGAAAAAGGAACUUCUUUCAAGAGAUGAUUUGGAGUUACCUUGGAGACCACUUUAUGACAUGGUGGAAAGAAUAUUAUAUUCCAAGACAGAGCACCUGGGAUUAAAUUGGUUUCCUAAUUCUGUAGAAAAUGUUCUCAAAACACUCGUGAAAAGCUGCCGACCAUACUUUCCAGCAGAUGCCACAGCUGAGAUGCUAGAAGAAUGGCGGCCUUUAAUGUGCCCUUUUGACGUAACAAUGCAAAAGGCCAUCACUUACUUUGAAAUAUUUCUUCCUACCUCCCUUCCUCCAGAACUUCAUCAUAAAGGUUUUAAACUUUGGUUUGAUGAAUUAAUUGGCCUUUGGGUUUCAGUGCAAAAUCUCCCACAGUGGGAGGGGCAACUAGUAAAUCUCUUUGCUCGAUUGGCUACAGAUAAUAUAGGGUACAUAGAUUGGGAUCCAUAUGUACCAAAGAUAUUUACGAGAAUUCUGAGAAGCUUGAACCUCCCAGUGGGAAGCAGUCAAGUGUUAGUCCCAAGAUUUUUAACAAAUGCAUAUGAUAUAGGACAUGCUGUAAUAUGGAUCACCGCCAUGAUGGGUGGACCAAGUAAGCUAGUACAGAAACACUUGGCUGGUUUGUUUAACAGCAUCACAUCUUUUUACCACCCUUCAAAUAAUGGGCGCUGGCUGAACAAGUUAAUGAAACUACUUCAGCGGUUGCCAAACAGUGUUGUUAGAAGAUUGCAUCGUGAAAGAUACAAGAAGCCUUCUUGGUUGACUCCUGUGCCUGAUAGCCAUAAGCUUACUGAUCAAGAUGUUACAGACUUUGUACGAUGCAUUAUUCAACCUGUCCUCUUGGCUAUGUUUAGCAAAACUGGUAGUUUAGAAGCAGCACAGGCUCUGCAGAAUCUUGCACUCAUGAGACCUGAGUUAGUAAUACCCCCUGUACUUGAAAGAACGUAUCCUGCACUAGAGACUUUAACAGAACCUCACCAGCUCACAGCUACUUUAAGUUGUGUAAUUGGAGUAGCCCGCAGUUUGGUAUCAGGUGGCAAAUGGUUUCCUGAAGGUCCAACACACAUGCUACCUCUGUUGAUGAGAGCAUUGCCUGGGGUGGAUCCAAAUGACUUCAGUAAAUGCAUGAUCACAUUCCAGUUUAUAGCAACAUUUUCCACUCUGGUGCCUUUAGUAGAUUGUUCAUCUGUACUACAAGAAAGAAGUGACCUCACAGAAGUGGAACGAGAACUUUGUUCAGCCACAGCUGAAUUUGAGGAUUUCGUCUUACAAUUUAUGGACAGAUGUUUUGGACUUAUAGAAAGUAGCACAUUGGAGCAAACAAGAGAAGAGACAGAAACUGAGAAAAUGACUCAUUUGGAGAGUUUGGUCGAAUUAGGUCUGUCUUCUACGUUUAGUACAAUCCUCACACAAUGUUCCAAAGAAAUAUUUAUGGUCGCCCUUCAGAAAGUUUUUAAUUUUUCUAUUUCACAUAUAUUUGAAACAAGAGUAGCAGGCCGCAUGGUGGCUGACAUGUGCCGUGCUGCUGUAAAGUGCUGCCCAGAGGAGUCUUUGAAGUUAUUUGUUCCUCACUGCUGCAGUGUUAUAACUCAGCUUACAAUGAAUGAUGAUGUGUUAAAUGAAGAAGAGCUAGAUAAGGAGUUGCUGUGGAAUCUUCAACUUUUGUCUGAGAUUACUCGAGUGGAUGGGAAGAAAUUGCUUCUUUAUAGGGAGCAGCUUGUAAAGAUUCUCCAAAGAACCCUGCACCUGACCUGUAAGCAGGGUUACACUCUGUCUUGUAACCUUCUACACCACCUUCUUCGCUCUACGACACUCAUCUACCCUACAGAGUACUGCAGUGUGCCAGGUGGCUUCGACAAGCCUCCUUCUGAAUACUUUCCUAUAAAGGACUGGGGUAAACCAGGGGACUUGUGGAAUCUGGGCAUCCAGUGGCAUGUUCCUUCUUCAGAGGAAGUGGCUUUUGCAUUCUAUCUGUUGGACUCUUUUCUUCAGCCUGAGCUCAUCAAACUCCAGCACUGUGGUGAUGGCGAACUUGAAAUGUCUAGAGAUGAUAUUCUACAGAGUCUGACUAUAGUGCACAACUGUUUAAUUGGGUCAGGAAACCUCCUACCUCCACUGAAAGGAGAGCCAGUUACUAACUUGGUACCAAGUAUGGUGUCCUUGGAAGAGACAAAGUUGUAUACUGGACUUGAAUACGAUCUAUCCAGAGAGAACCACCGAGAAGCAAUUGCUAGGGUCAUAAGGAAACUUCUCAACCACAUACUUAACAAUUCAGAGGAUGAUACCAAGUCUUUGUUUCUUAUCAUAAAGGUUAUUGGAGACCUUUUGCAGUUCCAAGGAUCUCACAAGCAUGAAUUUGACUCUCGUUGGAAAAGCUUUAACCUAGUAAAGAAAUCAAUGGAAAAUCGGCUCCAUGGGAAAAAACAACAUAUCAGAGCACUGUUGAUUGACAGAGUAAUGUUGCAGCAUGAGCUACGAACACUGACUGUUGAGGGUUGUGAAUAUAAAAGGAUACAUCAAGAUAUGAUCAGAGAUCUACUUCGUUUAUCUACAAGUUCAUACAGUCAGGUCAGAAAUAAGGCUCAGCAAACGUUUUUUGCUGCCUUGGGCGCAUAUAACUUCUGUUGUAGAGAUAUCAUUCCCUUGGUUUUGGAGUUCUUACGGCCCGAUAGACAAGAUGUCACACAACAGCAAUUCAAGGGUGCCUUGUAUUGUCUCCUUGGAAAUCACAGUGGUGUAUGUUUGGCAAACCUUCAUGAUUGGGACUGUAUUGUACAGACGUGGCCAGCAAUUGUUUCUUCUGGGCUUAGCAAAGCGAUGUCCCUGGAAAAACCAUCAAUAGUGAGACUAUUUGAUGAUCUUGCAGAAAAGAUUCAUCGGCAAUAUGAAACAAUUGGCUUGGACUUCUCAAUCCCGAAGUCCUGUGUUGAAAUAGCAGAAUUACUUCAACAAUCAAAAAACCCCUCUUCCAACCAGAUAAUGCUUAGUUCAGAAGAAAUAAAAGAAGGACUUAAACGCCAACAAGAGAAGAAUGCUGAUGCCCUGAGGAACUAUGAAAAUUUGGUAAACACUUUAUUAGAUGGUGUGGAGCAAAGAAAUCUGGAUGAUAAUUAUAUGGCAAUCUCAGCUGUGGCUGGUAUUCUUAAGCAGCUCAAAAGAACCCACAAAAAGCUGACCAUCAAUCCUUAUGAAAUGGGUGGAUAUUCUAAACCUACCCAAAUUCUUGCUGGUGAUAGGCCUGAUAAUCAUUGGUUGCAUUAUGAUAGCAAAAGUAUACCGAGAACCAAAAAAGAAUGGGAGUCAAGCUGCUUUGUGGAAAAAACUCACUGGGGAUACUACACCUGGCCGCAGAAUAUGGUUGUUUAUGCUGGUGUGGAAGAGCAGCCUAAGCUGGGCAGAAGCAGGGAAGAUUUGACAGAGGCUGAACAGAUUAUAUUUGAUCAUUUUUCUGAUCCUAAAUUUGUUGAACAGUUAAUUACUUUUCUAUCUUUAGAAGACAGAAAAGGAAAAGAUAAGUUUAAUCCUCGCCGUUUUUGCCUCUUUAAGGGCAUAUUCAGAAAUUUUGAUGAUGCGUUUCUGCCAAUUCUGAAGCCCCAUUUAGAACGUUUGGUUGCAGAUUCACAUGAAAGCACCCAGCGAUGUGUUGCAGAAAUUAUAGCUGGUUUAAUCAGAGGUUCUAAGCAUUGGACAUUUGAAAAGGUGGAGAAGCUUUGGGAGCUUCUUUGCCCUCUGCUUAGAACAGCACUGUCCAACAUUACAGUAGAAACUUACAAUGACUGGGGAACUUGUAUAGCGACAUCCUGUGAAAGCAGAGAUCCCCGGAAACUUCAUUGGCUCUUUGAGCUACUGUUGGAAUCACCAUUGAGUGGUGAAGGAGGAUCCUUUGUAGAUGCAUGUCGACUCUAUGUGCUGCAAGGUGGCCUUGCCCAGCAAGAGUGGAGAGUGCCGGAGCUAUUGCACAGACUACUGAAGUACUUGGAACCCAAACUCACCCAGGUUUACAAAAAUGUUAGGGAAAGAAUAGGGAGUGUGCUGACCUACAUAUUUAUGAUAGAUGUUUCUUUGCCAAACACGGCGCCAACAGCAUCCCCUCGGGUCCCUGAGUUUACUGCUCGAAUUCUAGACAAACUGAAACCCCUCAUGGAUGUGGAUGAAGAAAUUCAGAACCAUGUUAUGGAAGAAAAUGGAAUUGGUGAAGAAGAUGAACGAACUCAAGGCAUUAAACUCUUGAAAACUAUAUUGAAAUGGCUGAUGGCUAGUGCCGGAAGAUCCUUCUCUACAGCUGUCACAGAACAACUUCAACUUCUACCUUUGUUUUUUAAGAUUGCCCCGGUGGAAAAUGACAAUAGCUAUGAUGAACUGAAAAGAGAUGCAAAGUUAUGUUUGUCACUAAUGUCUCAGGGGUUGCUUUACCCUCAUCAAGUGCCUUUGGUACUUCAGGUGCUAAAACAAACAGCAAGAAGCAGUUCUUGGCAUGCUAGAUACACAGUACUGACCUACCUCCAGACCAUGGUAUUUUAUAACCUCUUUAUUUUCCUUAACAAUGAAGAUGCAGUUAAAGACAUCAGGUGGCUGGUUAUAAGUCUUUUGGAGGAUGAGCAACUAGAGGUUCGAGAAAUGGCUGCUACCACCUUAAGUGGUCUGUUACAAUGUAAUUUCCUGACCAUGGACAGUCCUAUGCAGAUUCAUUUUGAGCAACUUUGCAAAACAAAACUACCGAAGAAAAGAAAGCGAGACCCUGGUUUUGUAGGAGAUACAAUUCCUUCUGCAGAGUUGGUCAAACGUCAUGCUGGGGUGCUAGGACUCGGUGCGUGUGUUCUUUCUAGUCCUUAUGAUGUUCCCACCUGGAUGCCCCAGCUCCUUAUGAAUCUCAGUGCACAUCUAAAUGAUCCGCAGCCUAUUGAGAUGACUGUAAAAAAGACCUUAUCCAAUUUCCGAAGGACGCACCAUGACAACUGGCAAGAACACAAACAGCAAUUCACAGAUGACCAGCUGCUUGUUCUCACCGAUCUCCUUGUGUCACCAUGCUAUUAUGCAUAGAAGGAUGAGUAGUCCUCACUUCAAGCUCUUUUCAUCAAAAAUUCCAGAUCCUCAGGUACCAUCUGUGGUGGCUCUCUGCAGGUUUUUAAACCCCGCCUCUGCUGAGCUCUCAUCGGUUUGGUGGUUUCUGUGUUUAGUCACAUUAGUCUACGUUCCACAGGCUCUCAGCUGCCAUUUGAUUACCUACCUUGUCUGGAAGUAUCUCCAGAAUACUGAACACUUUUUCUUUGAGGCAUCUGACAAAGCCACAGUGUCUCAGACUAGAAAUAAUUACCCAAUAUGAUCAUGGCAUCCAAGAACAAACAGAGUCUAGGAAAUCAUUAAGAAACAAUUUACUUGUAAUGGAGAAUACCUGUCUUUAAUACAGGUCCUGUCAUUUCACUCAUCUCAAAUUAUUUUGAAUUUUUUCCAAAUGGCUGUUGGGUGUAGAUGGUAGUAGGGCUGCGGGCCAUAAAUCAAAGCCUGAGAGCUUUGGGUCUGGAGAGCCAUGAAGAGGGAAGUAAGAGAGCCAAGUUUGGAGCCUAACCAAGGACCUGAUGGAUCACUCCACCAAGACACAGAAGUGAAGUCUUUGUCCACGGUCUUCCUACAGACUGGAAUUUUUGGUGCUGAUAGAGCAGUUGCUGAAAAACUGGGGGUUUGGUGAAUAAAUUUUUGAUUAAUUGUUGUGCGU